UUUAUAAAAUUUAAGCCUGUUUACAACUUGAACUUCUACAAUAAUAAUUACUACUUCCCUAUAAGUAUGGAUGUGAAAACUGUUUCUGUAUUUUUUUGCAACAAUUCACCGAUAGACCAUAAAAGUGAGAUAGUUGAAGAAUUUUUAAAACUAAUUGAUAAAGCAAAUAUAUAUUUGUCUAAACUGCAUAUGCCACUCGAUAUAAAAUGUAUUUAUAAUCCUACUGAAUAUGCAAGAAUUACUUUUGAACUCUAUGUCAAAAAGUACUGUAGCACCAAAAAGCACAUAAUGUUUUUUGGUAUGAAUCCCGGGCCAUGGGGUAUGUCACAGACAGGGGUGCCAUUUGGGGAAGUUACUGUUGUGAGAGAUUGGCUAGGAAUAUCAGGCCCUGUAGGAAAACCUCAGAAUGAAAUUAAAGAACGUCCUGUUAAGGGCUUUGAAUGUAGUAGAACAGAGAUAAGUGGUAAACGUUUUUGGGGACUUAUAAAAGACUUGAGUGGUACACCCGAAAAAUUUUUUGCUUCCUCUUUUGUCUACAACUAUUUAAAUCAGCAGUGGAUGAGAAGUAAUGGUUCAAACAUUACACCAGGAGAUUUCAAAGUCUCUGAAAUGCAGCCACUUUACAAUAUUUGUGAUCCCAUACUGAUAGAUGUUAUAAAACUGUAUGAAGUAAAAGUCAUAGUGGCUAUUGGUAAAUUUUGUGAAACUAGAGCACAAAAAGCUUUAGAAAAAUAUUUACCAUUUCAUUCUAUUCAGGUCCAUUAUUUACCACAUCCGAGUCCAAGAACUAUUAAUAAUAAUAAUUGGGAUAAAAAAGCAUUAGAAUGUCUAAAGAAGUUUGACCUACUACAGUAUUACACUUAGAUUUUUUUUAAGUUGCAUGGAAUAUAAGUAAGUCAAUUCCAUGCAUUCUGUAAAUAAUUUUAAGUC